AUGGCCAUUAAAAAAUCAAUCACAAUGAAAGACAUCCAGGACAUGGACAACCCAGAGCGCCUUCGAUACUUUCAGGUCAUUGACGAUCUCCGGGGCUUUGGCAUCAACGAGGACCUACCGCUUCCACAGAUUGUCGUGGUUGGGGACCAGUCCAGCGGCAAGUCCUCCCUCCUGGAAGGACUCACCGGUCUCUCGUUUCCCAUUGCGUCGGACCUCUGUACUCGCUUCGCCACACAGAUCGUGUUGCGGCGGGUGCUGGGAGAAAAAACGACUGUGAAAGCAACCAUCGUCCCGGGCCCGUCUAGUCUUGACGACGAUGCGCAGAAAAAGCGGCUGCUCGAUUUCGACAUCGAAAUGGACGCGCAGGAACUCAUUGGUCCUAAAUUCUCUUGGAUUCUAGAUGAGGCUGCUGUGCACAUGGGUCUGCCGAACUCAGACGACCAAGAUCUUGAGGCGUUGGACAAGCGCUUCUCUGACGAUAUUUUACGGAUCGAGAUUUCAGGACCUGAUCAACAUCACCUGAGCGUGGUUGAUGUGCCAGGGCUUUUUCAUAAUCCCACGAAAUAUCAAACACGCGAGGAUCUGUCGGUAAUCAGAGGUCUCAUCGAAACCUACACGAGGGAUGCCCGGACAAUUAUUCUGGCGGUAAUGGAUGCGCGAAACAACUUGGCCAACCAGGAAGUGUUUAAAAUGGCACGCGCUGCCGAUCCUGCCGGUAUUCGGACUGUUGGCAUCAUAACAAAGUGCGAUGCAUUGCAGUCAGGUGACGAGCAAGGAGUCCUCCGAAUUGCGCAGAAUGCCGUGGAGCGGCUUCAGCACGGGUGGUUCGUGAUCCGGAAUAGGUCGACCAAAGAGAUACAGGAAGGCGUGACCAUCGCUCAGCGACAUGAAAACGAGCGUAGAUUUUUCCAAGGAGCCCCAUGGAAUGAACUUCCAAAGGAGCGAAUUGGUGUCAAAGCUUUGAAGCCCUUCCUGGGCCAGCUGCUGUACGAGCACAUCCGCCGUGAGUUCCCUGCUCUGGUCAGCGAAAUCGAAGCAUUGUAUAAAGAAACCCAGAAGAAGGUCGAGGCACUGGGCAGCUCCCGACAGACUGCCACAGAGCAACGUCAGUACCUAACACGCCUGGCCAACCGGUACCAGCGCAAUGUGGAAGAUGCGCUCAAAGGCAAUUACGACGAGGAACUUGAUCCGCAGAGUCGGCUGAAGCUGCGAAUGCACCUUCGCAAUCUGGCAGAUAAAUUCGAGGAGGAUAUUCGAACAAAAGGCUACAAGCUGCCGUUCGAACAGGCAAAUGGUGUAGUCGAUGCCGACUUUCUACAGCAUGACAAACCUGUCGAAGCUCCAGACAUUAUGGGAUGGAUCAGGAAACAGUACAGGGAAGCACGCGGUGCGGAACUGCCCGGCACCGUCAAUCCGGCGUUGCUGGUACGCCUAUUUCAGCAUCAAACGAGCAAUUGGGGCCAGAUCGCUAGCAACUAUCUCGAGCAAGUUAUGGGUCUUAUCACGGACUACACCAAAAUGGAAUGUCGCCGCGUCGAGGAUGAUGAGACAAUCCGCUCUUGUCUAGAAUCGCUUAUACUGUCACAUCUCGAUGAAGCAAACACCACGGCGCAGAAACGGCUCAAGGACCUGUUAAAAGAUGAACGGGGAGGUGUCUUACAGACCGUGAAUCACUACUUUGCAGUAACCCUGGAGAAGAUACGCAAAGAUCGUCUCCUUGCCCGUCUGAGUGGUCUCAAUCUGAAAGAGGAAGGUUGGGCUUACGCCACGGAUCCUGCAAAACUGACGGACAUGCUGCAUAUAAGUAAUGAAGACCAAGCUGUGAUGGACCUCCAUGAUGUAUUGAAGACAUACUACAAGGUAUCCAUGAAGAGAUUUGCUGAUUAUGUGGUGAUUAUGGUGGUUGAGAGAAUCUUGAGCGAGCCAGAAGCUCUCAAGAUCUUCUCGCCAGAGUACGUAGGUGGUUUGUCAGAUUCUUCACUGGCGGAAAUUGCUGCAGAAAGCUACACGGCAUCGACCACCAGAGUCGAUCUUAGGCAUCGGUGCGAAAGAUACCGCCAAGCACUUCAGAAGGCGAAAAGCCUUUGA